GAAACAAAAGAGGAGGAAUAAGAGUCACACAGUUAGUACGCAUGCGUCAUGCGAUCACCAUUAACUUGUCCGCUUUCACGUCACGUUCUCAAGGUUCCUGCGUUCAUUGUUACAGUUCGGUGACAGUGACACCGAUGGUCAUGUCCAUCAAGCCCAACAAAGGGAAGGGGGCUUCAAUGGUAUAAAAGGGCACCAGGGAGAUAGAUAGGAGUACCAAUCGUGCAUCAACAGUUCCGUACUGAACGUCAGUAGCAUAGAUCCCACGGCAUCAACGAUGGAGUCAUUCUAGCAUACGGCCAGCAUACGAUGGAGUACCACAAAGUGACUCCAAUUGGGGUGUUGGUGGUGCUGUUAGCUGCUCUCGGGACGCUCAGCCAGACAGAGGCACUCCGUUGCCGUACAGACGAUGGUCCAAGCACGGAAGAGGUGAGACAGAUCGUACGAACCUGUCUCAAUAAGAUCUCGAACGCACACAGCGAGAACAGAAGCAGCGAUGAGUAUCCGGAUUACGAUUCUUCCUAUAAGGACUCCAGCGAGGAGCAUACUAGUGGUGGCAAUACGCGGAAUCGUGGCAACAACUACGACGGAAGGCACGAUAGUAGCGAUCGUAGUAGAGGGAGCAACAGAGCGACGCAGCAGGAAAGUAGACCGAUGAGUGAUCGACAGAAUGAUCGGAGGUAUGACCAUCAGUAUCAGCAGCACGAUUAUGAACGAAACCAGAGAGGUCGCCUGCGUCGUCAAUAUCCUCAGUAUCCGGGGUACGGUUCAAAUCCACCGUUCGAGAGUUCGUCUUUGGGUAAUGGUGCCGAUGAGUGGUCACGUGGUCGAGGCAACACCAUGAUGAGCGGCCAGGGGAACGGACCCGGUAAUGGAUCCCGCAAUGGUACCUCGCUCGAUCGGGACCGAUCCUGUUUGAUGCAGUGUUUCUUCGAGCAGCUCAAGGCGACAGACUCGAAUGGGUUGCCCGAGCGUCACAAAGUGCUGCACGUGAUUACGCGUGAUAUCCGGAAUCGGGAACUGCGUGACUUUUACGUCGACUCCAUCCAGGAGUGCUUCCAUAUGCUGGGACUCGAUCCGAGGCUGAAGGAUAAGUGUGACUACGCGAUGCGGCUCGUCACCUGCUUGACCGAUCGGUUCCAGUCGAACUGUAGUGAUUGGGAAAUGGAUUCGACGGCCAUGUUUUAGGCCAUACUAUAGCAAUAGUAGUUCCAGCACUCCAGCUGCUGCACACACCCCCACGCGGUGCUCUCCGUCCGAAGCGUGAUCAUGCAAAAUGAAUUCCGAAACAAAUGGACACCUUGGUCGCUUUACU